CUCACAACUUCCAGGCGUACCAGUCUGCGUUGCGCCUCCGCUCUCUCAACUUUCUUCUGAUUACAACUCCUCCGCAACUCUCACUUUUUUUUUAUUUUUAUUCCCUGGCAGUGGAGGGAUGUUCCUUGGAAGGAGGUUACACCCCAGCUGAACAUUUUCACCUUGGAAAAAAAGUUUAGGAGUCAGGCUGAUAACUUCUUUUCAGGGAGUUUGUGAAUGGGGGGCAUUUGGGGAGACUUUUACGCAUCCCUCUGACUGACGCACGGUCGCAUCUUUUCACUAAAACUUUCCAAAAUCCACAUUUUCUUCAUAUUUCUUUUUUUCUUCAAUGGCAAAGGGGCACUUUAAGGAGAUUCCGACUUCAGAGAAACUUUGGUGAAACUUCUACAGCGAACUUGAUUUCAUUCACAUCAGUUCUUUUUUUUUUCUUUUUCUUUUUUUACAUUUCUCAGACGCACAGUUUUUGACCUUUUCGGGAUCCUUACUUCUUAAGUCUUGUUCCCCCUGUGGGUUUUCAGUCAGCCUUUCUUCGGGUUUGGAGUACUUUCAGUGGAUAUCAUGCUUCCGACCGGACGGGGUAACGCGCUCUGCUGGCUUUGGGCUCCGGUUUUGGCGCUGCUGCUGUGCGCUGCAGCGGUGGAUGGAUGCCCACACAAGUGCAGCUGCUCUGGGUCGCAUGUGGACUGCCAGGGUCUGGGAUUGAAGACGGUGCCUAAAGGAGUACCGAGGAAUGCCGAGCGCCUGGAUCUAAACAGAAACAACAUCACCCGAAUCACUAAGGUGGACUUCUCCGGCAUCAAGAACCUCAGGAUUCUUCAUCUGGAGGACAACCAAAUCAGCGUCAUCGAGCGAGGAGCCUUCCAAGACCUCAGACUGCUGGAGAGACUUCGCCUGAACAGAAACAAACUCCAGUUCCUCCCAGAGCUUCUGUUCCAGUCCAACCCCAAACUCGGCCGACUAGACCUCAGUGAGAACCAGAUCCAGGCAGUUCCACGGAAGGCUUUCAGAGGAAUCACCAGUGUCAAGAACCUGCAACUGGACAGCAACCACAUCAGCUGCAUCGAAGAUGGAGCUUUCCGAGCGUUGCGCGAUCUGGAGAUUCUCACCCUCAACAACAACAACAUCACUCUCAUCCCUCUGUCCAGUUUCAACCACAUGCCCAAGCUGCGGACGCUGCGUCUGCACUCCAACAACCUGCACUGCGACUGUCACCUGUCCUGGCUUUCUGAUUGGCUCAGAGCUAGAAGGGGCUUGGCUCCCUUCACCCAGUGCAUGGCCCCCGCCCACAUGAGAGGCCUCAAUGUCCCAGAUGUGCAGAAGAAGGAUUUUGUCUGCAACGGUCCGGUCCAGACCGAGGCCAGGGCGUGUGCUCCUCAGGUCGCCGUGUGUCCGCCGAGCUGCAGCUGCAACAACAACAUCGUGGACUGUCGUCGCAAAGGCCUCACUGAGAUCCCAGCCAACCUGCCUGAGGGCAUUGUGGAGAUUCGUUUGGAGCAGAACUUGAUUAAAAGUGUCCCAGCAGGAGCCUUUACUGCCUACAAGAAGCUCAAGAGAAUCGACUUGAGCAAGAACCAGAUUUCCGACGUCGCAGCCGAUGCUUUCAGCGGCCUGCGCUCGCUCACCUCGCUGGUCCUGUACGGCAACAAGAUCACAGAGCUGCCCAAGGGAUUGUUUGAUGGACUGGUUUCCCUGCAGCUACUGUUGCUGAAUGCCAACAAAAUUAACUGCCUGAGAGUCAACACUUUCCAAGAUCUGCAGAAUCUCAAUCUGUUGUCACUUUAUGACAACAAGCUGCAAACUAUCAGCAAAGGACUGUUCACCCCUCUUCGCUCAAUCAAAACCCUUCAUCUGGCUCAGAACCCCUUCAUGUGUGACUGUCACCUGAAGUGGCUGGCUGACUACCUGUUUGACAACCCCAUCGAAACCAGUGGAGCUCGCUGCAGCCACCCCCGAAGACUGGCCAACAAACGCAUCAGCCAGGUUAAAGGCAAGAAGUUCAGAUGCACAGGUCAAGAGGACUACCGCAGCCGUUUAAGUGGAGAGUGUUUCCAAGAUCUGGUCUGCCCAGAGAAAUGUCGCUGUGAAGGCACCGUGGUCGACUGCUCCAACCUGAAACUAACCCGUGUACCCCCACACAUUCCUGAACACACCACUGACCUGCGGUUAAACGACAAUGAGAUUACCGUGCUGGAGGCUUCGGGGACGUUUAAGAAGCUGCCUAACCUAAAGAAGAUAAACCUGAGCAACAAUAAGUUACGGGACAUUCGUGAGGGUGUGUUUGAUGGGGCCAGUGGUGUUCUGGAGCUGCUUCUGACUGGAAACAAGCUGACUGGACUGCAGGGACGCAUGUUCAGAGGCCUCACUGGUCUGAAAACACUAAUGCUGCGGAGCAACCAAAUCAGCUGCAUCGACAACAGCACAUUUACGGGUCUGAGCUCGGUGCGUCUCCUGUCUCUGUACGACAACAGGAUUUCCAGCAUCGCCCCGGGAGCCUUUUCCACCCUCCACUCUCUGUCCACCAUUAACCUGCUUUCCAACCCGUACGUCUGUGACUGUCACUUGGCUUGGCUCGGUCAGUGGCUGAAGAAGACCAGGGUCGUGAGUGGAAAUCCUCGCUGUCAGAAGCCGGCGUUCCUCAAGGAGAUUCCCAUUCAGGACGUGGCAACGCCAGACUUCACCUGUGACGGUGCCGAGGAUAAUGGUUGCCUUCCUGCGUCUGGUUGUCCUGACGUCUGCACGUGCUCAGAUGGCGUGGUGCGAUGCAGCAACAGAGGGCUGCACUCUCUGCCCAAGGGCAUUCCCAAGGACACCACGGAGCUGUAUCUGGAGGGCAAUAUGCUGACAUCUGUGCCCAAGGAGCUGUCAGCCCUGAAGCAGCUGUCGUUGGUAGACCUGAGCAACAACAGCAUCAGCACACUGGCUCCGUAUACCUUCAGUAACAUGACUCAGCUGGCUACUCUCAUCCUGAGCUACAACCAGAUCCGGUGCAUCCCGGUCCAUGCCUUUGACGGACUCAAGUCCCUUCGCCUGCUGACUCUCCAUGGUAACGACCUUUCAACCAUCCCAGAAGGAGCCUUCAACCACCUCACCUCGCUGUCCCAUCUUGCUCUCGGUGCAAACCCCUUGUACUGUAACUGUGACCUGCGCUGGCUCUCUCAGUGGGUCAAGGCUGGAUUUAAGGAGCCUGGUAUUGCUCGUUGCACCGGUCCUCCAGACAUGGCUGACAGGCUGCUGCUCACCACACCACUCAACAGAUUUCAAUGUAAAGGUCCAGUGGAUAUCGGUCUGAUGUCGAAAUGCGCCCCCUGUCUGGCAGCCCCCUGUCAAAACAACGGUACCUGUGUCUCAGAAGUCACUGGAUCCUACCACUGCACCUGUCCAUAUGGAUUCAAGGGUCAAAACUGUGAAAUCCCCAUCAACGCCUGUAUUAGUUUCCCCUGCUCUAAUGGAGGAACCUGCCACAUUCAGCCAGGCCUUGAAGACCACUUCAGCUGUGUGUGUCCUCCAGGGUUUGAGGGCCAACGUUGUGAGAUAAACCCAGAUGACUGUGAAGACAACGACUGUGAAAACAACUCCACCUGCAUCGACGGAGUCAACAACUACACCUGCGUCUGCCCGCCAAACUACACAGGCGACUUGUGCGAGGAGGUGGUCGACCCCUGUCUUCACGGUUUCGACCCCUGUCAACACGACUCAAAGUGCGUCCACGUUGGCCGCAGUUACAGGUGCGAGUGUUUACCCGGCUAUGUGGGCCAGCACUGCGAGCAGGACUACAACGACUGUCUGGAGAAUAAGUGUCAACAUGGCGCCGAGUGUGUGGACGCCGUCAACGGCUAUACCUGCGUCUGCAAAGAGGGUUUCAGUGGGCUGUUCUGCGAAAACCCUCCUCCAAUGAUCUUGCUCCAAACCAGCCCCUGCGACCAAUCGGAUUGCCAGAACGGCGCCCAGUGCCUUGUGGUUGCCGGGGAGCCCGUCUGCCGCUGCAUGCCUGGUUUCUAUGGCAAUAAAUGCGACAAGCUGUCCACCGUUCACUUUUUGGGCCGGGACGCGUACGUGGAGUUGGCAGGCGUGAAGCUCCGCCCCACCGCUCAUAUCGCAUUGCAGGUGGCUACAGAUAAAGACAACGGUAUUUUGCUCUAUAAGGAAGACCAUGACCCUCUGGCUCUGGAGCUUUACCAGGGACACAUACGACUCAUCUACGAUAUCGCCAACUACCCUCCAACAACUGUGUACAGCGUGGAGUCGGUGAAUGACGGCCUCUUCCACACCGUCGAGCUGCUGAUCCAGAACCGCUCGCUCAGCCUGGUGGUUGACAACGGCGCCCCCAAGAGCAUGGGCAAAGCGGCGCGGCAGCCGUCGGUUGACCACAGCACGCAGCUCUACAUCGGAGGUGUACCGGCCCAGGUGGUGGCCUCAGGUCUCCGUCCAGGUCCGGAACGUUCCACUCAGACUUUUAACGGCUGCAUUCACAACGUACGAAUCAACGGGGAGCCUCAAGACCUGAGUUACCGGAGCACGGCGGGCGGACGACAAGGGGUCGAAAGCAAGGGGGAUGGCAUUCUCCCGGGGUGUCACUCGUGCAGCGUAUGUGCCCAGGGUGCAUGCAGGGAAGGAGGGGAGACGGGGGUAACAUGUGACUGUCCUCCAGGACGAACUGGAGCCUUAUGUGACCAGAUGACGGCGCCGAGUCCCUGUCAAAACAACAGAUGUGUCCAUGGUCAGUGUGUGCCGAAGGGUCAGGCCUACAGCUGUCAGUGCAGCGACGGCUACCAGGGUCAGUACUGUGACCGACGGCAGGAGCCUCCGGCCUGCAGGGGGCAGCGCUGUGGACACGGAGAGUGUCGCGUGUCGGAAGGAGGACAGCCGGUCUGUCAGUGUCAGCCCGGGUACACUGGACCCAACUGUGACACAGAGCUGACGUGUCCGGGGGAGAUGGUGAGGGAGCAGCUGAAGCGACACCAGCCCCUGAGAACAUGCACAUCCACCAGUAAGAUCCCCCGCAUGGACUGCCCCCGAUCCUGCCAGGCCGCGGCGCCCCCCGGCGUCUGCUGCGGCGUCACCAAGAGCAGAAGAAGAAAGGUGGUGUUCCGCUGCACCGACGGCACCUCGUACUCCGAGGAGAUGGAGACGGCCCUGGAGUGCGGCUGCUCCAAGUGCCCGUUGUAACAGCACGCAGUUCCUUCAUUUGUUGCGCAACACACACCGCUGCCAUUUUGUGAAUUCUACACGAGGCCGCCGCUACGAGAUUCCUCCACGCUGAUGAGCACCAACAUUAUGUGAUUUUUUUUUUUUUUUUUUUUCACACAUUCAUUUUGACCGCUGCCAAAUUGCUGCCAAGAAAAAAAACAACAAACAAAAAA